GUGCACAAGCAUGCAUAAUUGUUUGCACUGGUACGAUCGACUUGACAUUUUGCAUGUACACAGGUAAGGUUACAUAUUGUAUGAAUCAGAAGAUAAAGAAGGUUGGGAAAUAUCUUAACUAAUUCCUUGGCGCGCGAGUACCUCCCUGGACUCUCUUUGGACUCUCUUUGGACAUCCAUACCUUCCUGGGCACUCAUUAGGGUAACCGUACCUGUGACUGUUUACUUCCUGUUCAUUUCCUGAUCGACUGCUUACCUUCCACACCGACGUAGACUGUAGAGAGUGUUGUACGAGAAUGGAGAGGUGGCUCGCUUCACUUCUUUUAUUGUGUUUGUUCUUCAUUGUUGGUGCCGCAAGCAUCAAGUGUUACAGCUGUAACUACCCUGACGAAAAAUGUGGAGACUAUUUUGCCUACACAAAUCCUGAUGCAAAUGACUGUCAAGGUAGCUGUGUGAAGCGAAGAGGAACACGUGAAGGUGGCGGAGUGGAGGUUUACAGGGGAUGUAACACACAGAAAAACACUUAUUGUACCCAAUCAGAUUAUGUUGGAAUGAAUGUUCGAGAAUGCUAUUGUAACGAGGAUUACUGUAACCAUAGCAACAGUGUUCGAGUGUCUGCUGUCAGUUUAGUCAUUGCCUUCAUCACCGUUCUGUACAAUUUGUUAUGAUUGUCCAACACAGCACAUUAAUCAACCAGAGGUAUAUUACAUAGUUCUGUGCCAUACAGGUAGCCCCAAAGUAUGAGACUAGCGGAAUUUCCAACUGGACGAAUGGUUCUAAAAACCACAGGUCUGGCUGACUAAUCAAAACUUGAUAUUUUUCAUCAUGGUAAAUGAAAUCGGGUUGGUGAAUUUUGCAUAUAGACUAGUAAGAAACUUCUAGUCUGACUGACUAUUACUUUAUAAAAUGAAUUUCUAGCCCUGCAUGCUCAAAACACCUUGUAAUUUUGGUUUAAAUUCUCUUUGUAUUUUAAUUACAUAUCACUCACAUUAAUGUUGUUUAAUAAUGAAGUUUAGCAAAUCAUAUAAAUUGAAUGUUUGUGAUAUUUGAAAAUUUAGGAAUGCUUGUUUUGGGAGAUUACAUAUCAUUAACAUGUAUGUGCUUGAAUGAUCGACUUUAAAAAAUCAUAAAUUGAAUGUUUGUGAUAUUGAGUAAUUUUGGAAUUUAUUUUUAAAAGAUUACAUAUCAGUAACAUUUUUAUGGUUGAAUAAUGUAGCUUGAAUUUUGAAAAUUCAAUGUUUGUGAUGUUAAGUGAUAUUGGUAUAAACUAGUUUUGGAGAUAACAUAUCAUUUAAAGUUAUGAGGUUGAAAAAUGUAUUUAUAAGAUAGUGAAAUGCUCAUGAAACUGUCAAAUUGUUUUAUGAUCAAUCAUUACAAGACUAUUUAACUAAGAAACAAGUCUGUAAGUUCCUUGAACACAUCAAUCUUACAUUAGUAUUGCCUUCAUUCCUUGUGAUUUUGACUCGUGUUCUGGUAGAUUUCUCUACUUCCUGUUGUUAGAUAAAAUGAUAAUGACAAUUUUCACAAUUCUCAGUGCAGUUUUACUUUCUAUAACUAUGCAUAGCCACCAAAAAAUGACUUAUGUAAUGAUAGAAUUUCAAAUAUUCUCGUCACUUGGCAAAUGUAUAUAAAGACUAAGAUACAAAUUCACAAGAAUGUCUGCAGUAAGCUCAGUCAGUAUUUUCCACUUCCUCAUGUUUAAGUGGGUGGAAUUUUAAAACUUGAAAUAUAUCUAGAUUUUAAGCAAAAUUUCAGGAAAUGAAAAUAUUUCACAUAGUGUAGUAUGAUAAACUUGUAUAUGUAUAUAGAAGAUAUUUUGUGAUAUUUUUUAAAUGCAACAAAGACUUUCAGGGAUGCUGCCUUUUACUUGACAUAUAUCGUUUUUGUGAGAGUUUUCUCCCUUGCAAACUUUUACUCCCAAAAAUUAUGAUCUUCAAUGUUCCCCCCUUUCAGUAAAUCAAGUCCACAAUAUCAUUCCUAAAUAUGCUCAUCAAGUUUCUUAGCAGGAAACUGUAAGGUAUAAUGUAUCAUAAGUUAUUUGUUUGUAUUUGAAUAUGAAAGUGUAGAGUUUCUAGUUUUACUACUCACUUUUGUGGUCAUUUCUCUACGUUGGGUUAACUAUACAAACUUAAAACAUGGUUGAUAGAUAUGUUUACAAGGUAAAAUUUUCAAUACAGAAUUCUUAAUGUAUUUCACUUUCUACAAAACAUUCCUUUUUAUUCCAUUUUUGAUUACAUGAAAAUAUUGUUUCAUUAGCAAAAUGCUACUGAUCUAGUAGUAGAGAGUAGUCCCUGUUAACUAAUUACAUUGUGUAUAGAUGUCGCACGACAGGGAUCUGGGACCUCCACUCCCCCUGUUAUUGGUGAGAUGUCGGACCACAGGGAUCUGAGGUCACUCACUCCCCCUGUUAUAGGUGAGAUGUCACACCACAGGGAUCUGGGACCUUCACUCCCCCUGUUAUAGGUGAGAUGUCACACCAAAGCGAUCUAGGAUCACUCAUUCCCCCUAUUAUAGGUGAGAUGUCACAACUCGGGGAUCUGGGUCCUUCACUUCCCUGGUUAUAGGUGAGAUGCCACACACAGGGAUCUUGGGUCCCUCACUCCCCAUGUUAUAGGUGAGAUGUUGGACCACAGGAAUCUGGGUCCUUCACUUCCCUGGUUAUAGGUGAGAUGUCGGACCACAGGGAUCUGAGGUCACUCACUCCCCCUGUUAUAGGUGAGAUGUCACACCACAGGGAUCUGGGACCUUCACUCCCCCUUUUAUAAUUGAGAUGUCACACCAAAGCGAUCUAGGAUCACUCAUUCCCCAUGUUAUAGGUGAGAUGUCACACCAAAGCGAUCUAGGAUCACUCAUUCCCCCUAUUAUAGGUGAGAUGUCACAACUCGGGGAUCUGGGUCCUUCACUUCCCUGGUUAUAGGUGAGAUGCCACACACAGGGAUCUGGGGUCCCUCCCUCCCCUUGUUAUAGGUGAAAUGUCAUACCACAGGGAUCUUGGGUCCCUCAUUCCGCCUGGUAUAGGUAAGAUGUCACACCACAGGGAUCUGGGGUCCCUCACUCCCCCUGUUAUAGAUUGUCACACCACAAGAAUCUAGGGUCCCUCACUCCCCCUGUUAUAGGCGAAAUGUCCGACCACAGGGUUCUGGGUCCUUCCCUCCCCCUGUUAUAGGUGAGAUGUUCCACCACAGGGAUCUAGGGUAACUCAUUCCCACUGUUAUAGGUGAGAUGUCACACCACAGGGAUAUGGGUCCUUCACUCCCCCGGUUAUAGGUGAGAUGUCACGCCACCGGGAUCUAGGGUCCCUAACUCCCCAUGUUAUAGGUGAGAUUUUGGACCACAGGGAUCUGGGGUCCCUCCCUCCCCUUGUUAUAGGUGAAAUGUCACACCACAGGGAUCUCUGGUUCCCUCACUCCCCCUGUUAUAGGCGAAAUGUCCGACCACAGGGUUCUGGGUCCUUCCCUCCCCCUGUUAUAGGUGAGAUGUUCCACCACAGGGAUCUAGGGUAACUCAUUCCCACUGUUAUAGGUGAGAUGUCACACCACAGGGAUCUAGGGUCCCUCAUUCCCCCUGUUAUAGAUGAGAUUUGUGUAGACGAGAUGUCACACCACAGGGAUCUGGGAUUACUCGAUCCCCCUGUUAUAGGUGAGAUGUCGGACCACAGGGCCUCGGGUCCCUCACUCCCCCUGUUAUAUGUGAGAUGUCACACCAAAGGGAUCUGGGAUCACUCACACACCCUGUCAUAGGUGAGAUGUCGAACCACAGGGUUCUGGGUCCUUCACUCCCCCUGUUAUAGGUGAGAUGUCGGACCACAUGGAUCUGGGGUCACUCAUUCCCCCUGUUAUUGUAAAUUAUUUUAACAAUUUUUGUACAUAAUUUAAAAAUCCUGUUGAUGCAAGAUGUUAUUAUAUAAAAUGU